AGACGCGCCCUCUCCCAUACAAAUCGGUAAACCCUGUCGCGGAAGGUUUUCUCUUUAGUCUAAAUUUUCUGAAAAUCGCACGUUUUAUCAUUCAUCAGCGUUAACUCAGAUUAAAAAUCAUAUAUAUAUGUGAAAUAGUGUAAAAGCAGAUAUAAAGGGGUAGGUUUUAUUUUGAGUUGCUAUAAAUAGCCUGAGACAAUUUCCUAGUGGGAAUCGAGUGCCCCAUUCAUAAAGUACAUUCAUUUGGGAAGACACGGUCGGAGAGGGGAAAAUUUUCAAGUUGCAGUGAAUGGAUUUUUAAUCAAUACUCGUGGAAUCCGGUUACAAGACUUCUUGAAGUAAGGAUUUUCUUAUCGACGAGAAAGCAGUAAUUUAAAGAAAAUGGCAACGACGGAGGGUGGUUUAGCUCCAAGCAGCGAUGACAUGCCAGUGGGCGGACCCAAGACGCCCCAACAGAUUGCUGCCCAGCGCCGUCUUCAACAGACACAGGCGCAAGUCGAUGAGGUGGUGGAUAUUAUGAAAACAAACGUCGAAAAGGUGCUGGAGAGAGAUCAGAAGCUUUCAGAACUUGAUGACCGAGCAGAUGCACUGCAACAAGGCGCUUCACAGUUUGAACAACAAGCUGGCAAGCUGAAGAGCAAAUUUUGGUUGCAGAACUUAAAAAUGAUGAUAAUCGCAGCUGUCAUUGGAAUUAUAAUUUUGGCUCUAAUCAUUGCCAACUUUGUGUGAACAAGUUUCGGUAACCGAAGUUUAAUUUAGAAGUUACUUGUUAUAUUAUGAAUAGAUAUAAUGCAGUCUGUAAACAUCUUUUGUGGCUAACCGAGGUCUCGCCUUCGCUGCUUUUCGGUCCCGGCUACAAUUAACCCGAAUAAUAAUUUUAUCGUUCUAUAUAGAUUAGUGUUGUUGAAUGUUUUCGUAAUUAUAUAAAAAUGAAACAGUAUAAUAUCGAAAUAUUGAGGCUAAAUAUCUUAGAAUUUGUAAAUUUUUGAGAUCACUUAUCUUACCGACUCUGUCACUAUUUUGCCAUAAGUAAUGUUUUAAUAGAAUAUUUUUAGAAGAUCUUUCUUUAUUAACAUUUACUGUUGAAUAGCGAAAAUUUCCGCUGGCCCUUACAAUAAGGCUUAUCAAAAAUAUACCAUAUCAAGAUAUUUUCUAAUUGUGUUCAACAAUAUAAAUAUUUUUAUUAAUUUUGCUUUUUAUACUUGGACCAAAUUUUUUAAAACUUGUUAUCCCUAGAGACCUGUUAAUGUUGUUUUAGAGACCGUGUUACAAAGUAGAAUUUAAUUUUCUAAAAUUUAAUUUUCGACACUUAUUCAACGCAAAGAUUUGUCCUUUAAAUCGCUUAAAGUUUGUCAUGCUAUUUACACCUAUAUGUUUUUUAAUAUAUAAAAAAUGUGUUAUGGGAAGCUGCACAGCACCUUGAGCGGUUUUGUAACUUGUUAAAAAUGUAUACCUAUUAGCCGUUUCACAAUGUAACCAUUUAAACUUAGUUACAUAGAUUUGAAACGAAGUUUUAUACCUAAUAAAAUUAUUGUUAAAUAUAUUACAAUUUGUAUAGAUGUGUCACAAUAUACCUUCUUAUAAGGGUUUAUUACUGGCCAGUUCGUGUAUUUAAAAAAAUCUGUGUGUUUAAAACAUGUGAGAAAUUGAUGUAGAUUUUUAACUGCUUUCUAGUUAGAUAUUGCUAAUUCUGUUGUACAUAAAUCUGAUAUAGACUUAACAAUUCAUAUAUUUGUUGUAUUUCUUUCGUUAUGCCUAGAAAUCUUUUCUGUACAUCAGAAUUGUACCACGUAUGUUUUUUUGUUUUAAAAAAGUAUGUGCUUAAUUUUCCGUUUCAAAUAAAGGAUUUAUAUUUUUUUUCGUAAGAUUAUUUUAUAUUCAUAAAGAUUAUAUCUAAUGAUGGUCUAUAGUUACAAUACAAAAUAUUUCAUAUUGAUGUCGUAAAUUCAUCACCUAGUAGGAUUUAAAUAGAAAAUUAUAGCGUGUAAAUAAAAUAUAUUAGAGUAAUGUUUCAGAGGUUUGAAAAUUUUUAGAAAAACUACAUUAACCGAUAAGUAUAACCAAUUGGUGUUUUAAUGAUUAUCAUAAAUAAAUGUUUGAUUUAGAUUAUAGAAUCAUGUUAAACAACUAAAUUCAUCUUAUUAACGCGUCCUUUACUGUUUUAUAAAAUUUCAAAUUUAGAACAUGAUGAAGUGAACAAUAUUUAAUAAUUAAAAUGUAAACUAUGAAAGUUAGCUCUGAAUGUUGUUAAUAUAAUUUGGAAAUCGAACUUGCUAUACUAGUAUAAUGUUUACUAUCUGUGAUGAGCCCACAGAGAACAUUAUAUUAUACGUAUAUAUUUAAUAUAAUUUUUGCUUAUGUUACAUUCGGACGCGUUUAUAACAUGAAACACUCUUUCACUGUAAGGUAAAAGAAAUACACCAGAGUCUCAUGAGAUAAAUAUAUUAAAGUACCUUUAAUCAUAGAUAACAUAAAUAUUCAUUAUAAGGAAAAUAAUAUUUGAAGCGUAAUAAUUUAAUAGAUAACGUAGUGAAUUUGAUUUGAGACCUACGAUAUUGUGUACAUAUUAUAAUUGAGUGAUUUAUUAAUUAUUUUAUUAUUAAUAUAGUUUUAUUACAAAAUGUUAUGUUAAUACAAAAACAGAUACCUUAAACGAUUAUAAUACAUCAUUUAUUAUUUAAAAAAAUGUUUACGAAGAAUAUUAUAUUAGUAACAAAUGAGACUAUAAUAAUUAUCCCAUUAUUUGUUAAUACCCAUUUUUUUAAUAAGUAGGUAUCUCAUUUUUAUUUUAAACAAAAAAAAGAAUGUCUAAGUAUAAUAUAGCACUUGAUGUUACAAUUUAUUAAUAUUAUCGUAAUGGGAUAUUAAUUAUUUAAUUUGAAACCUGCCUAGCUGUUGUGCGAGUUAAAACCAUUGAAUAGUUCAUAGUUAAAUUACUUACAUAAUCAAUACUAACUUAUUGAAAAUAUAGGGAAACUUAAUGUAUCUAUAGCAUUAUUUUAUGUAAAAGUAUUGCUUCAAUAAAAAGCGAAUUUAAAUA